GCUAGUUGUUAGCAUGUAGCUCGCAGGCUCGGCUAGCUAGCUAGUGUCAUUUAGUUGACGUGCGCCGGCUCCAUCAACAUUCGGGUGCUGUUCGGAUUGAACACACUCCCCUACGAGCAGCACACGACACGGACACGAAGAAGACACUUUGGAGGUCCACCUAUCCCACAAGUGAAGAUGAUUAAGCUCUUUUCCCUCAAGCAGCAGAAGAAAGACGAGGAAUCUGCUGGAGGAAACAGAACCGGAGCCGGCGGUAAAAAAGCCAGCGCGGCCCAGCUGCGAAUACAAAAAGACAUCAACGAGUUGAACCUGCCAAAGACGUGCGAGAUCAACUUUCCUGAUGAUGACGACCUUCUCAACUUCAGACUCAUCAUCUCACCUGAUGAGGGUUUCUACAAAGGUGGAAAAUUUGUCUUCAGCUUUAAGGUAGGACAGGGUUACCCCCACGAUCCCCCCAAGGUGAAAUGUGAGACAAUGGUGUACCACCCCAACAUCGACUUGGAAGGAAACGUGUGUCUAAACAUUUUAAGAGAGGACUGGAAGCCGGUGCUGACGAUAAACUCCAUCAUCUACGGUCUACAGUAUCUAUUUCUAGAACCCAACCCCGAAGACCCGUUGAACAAGGAGGCGGCUGAGGUGUUGCAGACAAACCGGCGACUCUUUGAGCAGAACGUCCAGCGCUCUCUGCGGGGAGGCUACGUAGGCUCCACCUACUUUGAGAGGUGUCUUAAAUAACCGGGCCGCCUGUGACUCCGCCUACCCUCCGCGCCCCCUCCUGCCAAUCAGCUCAAAGCAAGGAAGCAGCAGAGGAUGCCCCCACGUCUUCAUUUUAGUUCUUUUUCAUCAGCCCCCACCAGGGGAUGCUACGGCACAAAACGCUGGCUGGAGGGAGGGGGGGGGGGGGGGGGGGGGGCACAUGGUCACAGCAUUUAUUUGACCACCAGGAGGCCACGCCCCCUCAGCCUCCAAACAGCAAACUCCAAACUCUCCUAGUGCGGGGUGGCAGGGGCCAUCGUGAACUCUUGAGAUGACACCAUCACGUCGUGCUGGGGGCGGGGCUCAGGUGAGAGGAGCUAAUGGUAGCGGGUUAGCAGGUUAAGCUGAGCGAGGUUUAAUGAGUUUGGAGUUUGCUGCCAAUCACAGCGUGUGGGUGGGGCUAUGGUGUUGCUGGCAAGGGG